AUGGAUUCUUUCGGCUUUGACUUUGCGGGCGGUGAUUUGCUCGACUUGGGCUCACUUGGUUCAUGGACCAACAGCGCUCCUAUUGGUAACUCACCUAACGGCGGCAAUAAUGGUGCUUUACCAUUCAGUGUAGGUACCCCCACGGGCGUUCAGAGCCUUGGGGAUGAUCCAUUCGCUGCUAUGCCUAGUGGAGGCGACAACGACUUUAGUUUUGGUGACUCGCCCAAGCCCUCGCCUGGCGCACAAAACUACAAGACAGGAGACAAAGCAACUUUAAACUCUGCGUCGGCACUGACUUCUACAUCCUCCGCACCACCCACAAGCUCAGGUGGGGGGGACAUGGGGACCAAUUAUUUUAGUUCAGAGCUUGAGGCUUCUUCGUCGACCGCUCUUGGGAACUCGUCUACAAAUGACCCGUCCUCAUCAGCAGACGAUAAAACAAAGAAGAACGGGUCAGAAAUAAAAAAAGAGGCUGCGAGUGGCUCUUUGACGACUCAAACAGUGUCCAACGCGCCGCCGCCGUCAUCGGCUAAUCCACUUCAACGUCGACAACUGUACUCCCUACGCCUAGUACCGAUACUGCGUCCAAUGGCAACAGCAACACAAUUAGCAGCAACGCAAUAG